CGCCUUUAUAUAUAUAUUUAGGAAGGUUAGGAAUAUAUUCAUUUAUCAAGCUUCGGAGUAAAAUAAUAAUUUUCAAGGUUUUAAUUUGAUGGUGUACUGUAAAGUAACAUCAAAUACGAUAAUUUUUUAAAAUUCUAUAGAAAUAAUAGACACAGAGACAGGCAAAAAUAUAAGGAAGUUUCUGGUAGAUCCAUUCCUUGAUAAAGAAUUGGCAAAAGCAAAUUUUGCUUACAUUUUAGAAUGGAUGAGAAUGCACGGACGCUUUAUUGCGGAAAUCUAAGCGAAAAAAUAACUGAGGAUAUUCUUUAUGAAUUAUUCUUACAAGGAGGUCCUGUACAAAAAAUAAGCAUUCCCAAAGAUCGUGAUGGUAAACAAAGACCAUUUGGAUUUGUCACAUAUAAACACGUACAUUCUGUGGAAUAUGCUUUACGUUUAUUUGAUGGUACAACAUUAUACAAUCGUCCUCUUAAUAUGAAAUUGAGGAAUAAUGCCGAGUCACAACAAGCAGAACAAUCUCCAAAUCCUGUUCGCAAUAUAAAUCACAUGUUAGAAUUAGGGCAACAAAUGAUCUUAGGAAAUUACCCACCACAAAAUGGUGAUGCAAUGUUUAUAGCACAUGUUUCACAACAUGCUCCGACAUAUCCAAGACCAUUGGAUGCAAAUUAUUGUGAUGAUGGGAUUAGAAGAAAUCAUCCUUAUCAAAGGUACAGAGAUAGAAAACAAGAGAGAGAUAGAAACCAAGAGAGAGAUAGAAACCAAGAGAGAGAUAGAAAUCAAGAGAGAGAUAGAAAUCAAGAGAGAAACAGAGAUAGAAAUCGAGAGAGAGAAAGAGAUAGAGCAAGAAGCAAAGAACAAAAUGAACAUUACAGAGAUGAAAGAUCAUAUUAUAAUAAAGAUAAUUGGAAUUACCGUUCUGGCUAUCCUCGAUACGGUGACAAUAGAAAAAGAUGGACUCAUUGAAAAUAAGUAUUUUUUAUUUUU